CGUAUUGCGCAUGCGCAGUGCAGCUUCCAAGAUCAUGUCAACGUGGAAAUUGUUGGGGUCUCCCCACUCUUUCUCACACAUCCUCCAACUUUCAGGCACAUUGUAACAAAAACAUCUUGCUGCCACCCUUAAUGAGAACACAUCAGGACUUGUUAAGUGGUUUUUAUAGGAUAUUUCUCAAUAAUUGGAAAUAUUUGGGCCUUUUGGAGGAGGAAGAGGAGGAGGAGGAGGAGGAGGGGGUGCAGAUCUGGCAGGAAUGUUGCUACGUGGCAGUGUGAGGGGAGGGACGCUCCUGGGGUUUAAUUAGCAGGUUUAAGCCUUUAGUACGGAAUCAAGCUCCUUGAAUUCGUGCAAUUAGAUUUAUCCAACUGUCCGUGAAGGCGUCACAAUUUAUCCCCUCAGGUGUCGUUCAAAGAGAUGAAAAAUAAUUUAAAGUUGUAGAGUUUGUACACGCACAGAGCAGCAGUGAUUUAUUUGUAGGGCUUUUAGAGAGAGGAGGAGCAGCUCCACGCAGGCCUAGUCCAGAGCAGCGCUCCCCGGGGGAGGAGCGGCUCUUGUCCGGAUACGUGGUGGAAGUUGAGGCGGUCCUCCUCCCUCUGCUGAGAAACAUCCCAGCCUGGCCAAACUUCCAGAAAACAUGGCUCCCCUCACUUCUUCUCRCCUCCUGCCCUCCUCCUUCCUGCUGGUGGUCCUCCUGUCGGCGGUGGAGUCGCAGUACGAGAAGUACAGCUUCAGGAGUUUCCCCCGGCACGAGCUGAUGCCCCUGGAGUCCGCCUACAAGCACGCGCUGGACCAGUACACCGGGGAGAAGUGGCAGGAGACGGUGGAGUACAUGGAGGUGGCMCUGCGGCUCUACCGGCUGCUGCGGGACAGCGAGGCCUUCUGCAACCUGAACUGCAGCUCCGUCCGGCUGGAGGACGAGCAGAGGUUCGCCGAGUUCCCGGAGCUGCGGGCCUUCGGGAACGUGAUGAAGAGGGCCCAGUGUCUGAAGCGCUGCAAGCAGGGGCUGCCCGCCUUCAGGCAGAGCCUCCCCAGCAGGGACACCAUGGACGAGUUCGACCGCAGGGAGCCCUACAGGUACCUGCAGUACGCCUACUUCAAGUCCAACAACCUGGCCAAGGCGGUGUCUGCAGCUCACACCUUCCUGCUGAAACACCCGGAUGAUGAGAUGAUGCAGAAGAACAUGGCUUAUUAUAAGAGUCUGCCUGGAGCAGAKGAGCACCUCAAAGACCUGGAGACCAAAUCCUAUGAGACUUUGUUCGUGCGYGCAGUUAGGGCGUACAACGGCGACAACUUCCGUACCUCGGUGUCCGACAUGGAGCUGGCUCUGAGGGACUACCUGAAGGUCUACGACGAGUGCCUGGCUGCGUCUGAGGGUCCGAGGAGCGUCAGCGACUUUAAAGACUUCUACCCCUCCAUAGCUGAUCACUACAUCGAAGUCCUGGACAGAAAGGUGAGCUGUGAAGGUGACCUGACGCCUGUCGUCGGGGGGUUUGUUGUAGAGAAGUUUGUGGCCACCAUGUACCACUACCUGCAGUUCGCCUAUUACAAACUGAACGAUCUGAARAACGCAGUGCCGUGUGCAGCAAGCUACAUGCUGUUCGACCCCAGUGAUGAAGUCAUGAAGAACAACGUCGCCUAUUAUAAAUAUCACAAAAAGCAAUGGGGCUUGACAGACGAGGACUUCCUGCCCAGAUCAGAGGCAGUGCGGUACUACAAUCAGACCACUAUGCAGUUACAGAUGUUGGAGUUCUCCAAGCAGCGCCUUGUGAGCGAUGAUGAGGGGGAGGUGGUGGAGUUUAUAGAUGAGUUCCUGGAUGAGGACAGCUAAGAAAACACUGAAACACAGUGUACAAAAACACUCCAAAACAUUUUAUUUAUUAGGAUUUUAACAGACUUUAAAGGAUGAUAUCAUUUUUUACCUGCAGCUCUUUAAUUAUGAAUUGUUUUUAAUUUCAUUUUGUACCAAAGAUCUAGUUUAGUGGUUUGAACUGCCAGCAGCACAGCCCAGAGGUUUGAAACAACAACAACAACAGUAGUAAUAAUAAUAAUAAUAAUAAUAAUAAUAAUAAUAAUAAUAAUAAUAAUAAUAAUGAGGACAGAUGUUUGUUUACUCACUGGUUUGUGAAUGCAUUCUCCCACUGUGAAUCAUUGUGAAUGCCACAUUUUUACAAUAAACAGUUUGUUUUUAAAAGUUU